AUGGGCAGCCUAACCCCAGUCCCGGACCAAGAAACCCCCACCGGCGAGGUUGUCCCCGGCCCGGCGCCGCCACCGGACCCAUCCCCGGCAACCCCCCGUGUCGCAGCGUCGGACAUCGACCUCAUCCCCUGGGACCACGACUCGGCCGAGCACCACGCCCGCCUGCUGGCCCAGCGCAAGGCCUGCGGGUGGCGCACCGACGAGAUGGACGAGUGGGGGCGUCUGUCGCGCGAGGGGAGCAAGACCUUCUACUGGAUCCGCGACAUCCUCGCCAAGCACGCGGCCCGCUUCCCCCACGAGUCGGCCCCGAUCCUCGACACCGCCGCCUCGGCGUGGGGCCUACCGCGUCAACCCCCGCCGCCGCCGCCGCCGCCGGACCGGAGCCCGAGGAGCUUCGUCCCCGUGGGCCACUUCGCGCUCGUCCGCAGCCGGCCCGAGGAGGAGGCGCGCAUCGGCCUCGCGGGCCAGCGCGCCGCCUGGGUCUGCCACCUGUACGUCUCGUGGGCGCUGCAGUCCUUCGGGCUCGGCAAGGCCGGCAUGCUCCGCCUCGAGGACGAGGCCCGCGCGCCGCCGCUCGAGGCCCCCGUCAUCGCGCUCGACACCAUGCCCGCCGAGUACCAGAUGCGGCCCGACCUGAUAGAAAAGCUGUACAUCCAGCAGGGGAACCCUGCUCCCAGGAUGUCCAACCAGCACUGGUAUGAGAGACUGGGCUACGAGACUUUCUUCCAUGAACAGGGAGCCUACUUGUGGCUGAACCCUGCCACGGGCCAAAAGGAGCCCAUAGACGUGGCCUACUUAAAGAAGGUGCUUAAAUGA